AUGCUAAUAUUCAUUUUUAUUAUUUUUCAUAUUAGAAUCAAAGCAUGCAAAGAUUUAUACGAAAUUCUUGGUGUUAGUAAAACAUCACCGGAAGCCGAUUUAAAAAAAGCUUAUAGAAAAUUAGCUCUUCAAUUUCAUCCCGACAAAUGUAAAGCACCAGGUGCUACUGAAGCUUUCAAAGCUAUUGGGAAAGCUUUUUCAAUAUUAAAUGAUCCAAAAAAACGUGAACAAUAUGAUCAAUAUGGUCAAGCAAUGGAACCACAACAUACUCAUAGUAGUACCGGUGGACGGCAAUACUACUAUUAUAGUGAUGGAGAUGAUGAUUUUUCAGCAGAGGAAUUAUUUAAUCUUUUCUUUGGUUAUUCUGGUAUGAUAAAUAUUACAUAUAAAAAAGAAAAGAAAAAGGAAACUUAUGACCAUAUAGGUCCAACAACUCGUACAUAUCGACGCCGUCAACAACCAAAUACAUACCAUUUCACAACACAUUCAACACAAAAUACAACACAUACAUUUGUCCAAUUAUUACCGUAUUUUUUUUUAUUUCUUAUUUCAAUUAUCGGAACACUAUUAGUGAGUGAACCGCAAUUUCAAUUGCAUCGUACUGGAAAAUAUACUAAUUUACGUGAGACACGAAUAUCAAAGAUUCAAUAUUACGUUAAAUCAGAUUUUCAGCCACCAAAAACAGAUGCCGAAUUAGAUAAAUUCGAAUCAUCAGUUAUCGAUGAAUAUAUAUCUGAUAUACGACAUCAAUGUUAUCGUGAACAACAGUAUAAAGAAUCAAUGAUAUGGCGGGCAAGAAUGAUGAAUGAUAAUAAUCUCUAUCGUCAAGCUCAUCAACAAACAACACCGUCAUGUACUAAAUUAAAUAAUUUUGUACGUGAUUACGCUUAA